UGGAGGGGUGUGGCAUACAUGAAAAUUAAUCAUCAAUGACCUGAUGGAGCUUAUAAAGUAACUUGGGAGAAGCCAGUCACUAAGGCAUCUCAAAUUGGAUGAUUUUGCAUGUGGAAACUGCUUUCGUCUUGAUAAAAACAAGCUCCAGGUCCCCUCUACAGCCACCUGUGGAUGGCGAUGAUGCUGUUGCUGCUUUCCAUGCUGGCCCUGGUUGCCGCAGCAGAGGGACAAGCUUUUCAUCUCGGACAAUGCCCGACUCCAUCUGUGCAGGAGAAUUUUGAUGUGAAUAAGUAUCUGGGAAGAUGGUAUGAAAUUGAGAAGAUCCCAGUGAGCUUUGAGAAAGGAAGCUGCAUCCAGGCCAACUACUCGCUAAUGGAAAAUGGAAACAUCAAAGUGAUAAAUAAGGAGAUGAGACAGGAUGGAACCGUGAAUCAAAUUGAAGGUGAAGCCACCCAGGUUAACCUCACAGAGCCCGCCAAGCUGGGGGUGAAGUUUUUCUGGUGGAUGCCAUCAGCACCAUACUGGGUCCUGGCCACUGACUACGAGAACUAUGCCCUUGUGUACUCCUGCACCACGAUUAUCUGGCUUUUUCACAUGGACCAUGCCUGGAUCUUGGGAAGAAACCCUUAUCUCCCCCCAGAAACGGUGACCUAUCUAAAGGAUAUCUUGACUUCCAAUAACAUCGAGAAUGAGAAAAUGACUGUCACAGACCAGGUGAACUGCCCUGAUUUCCUGUAAGCAGGCUGCAUCCACUCCAUGUUAUUUCUUCUGCUUUGCUUUCCCCCACCCAACCUCAUAAAGACAAACCCACCAAACGCAACAAACCAUCCCAAAUACCAGAGGGAGAUGGGACCACAGAAGCCCGUGGAGGGGAGCUGGAGGAAUGUUGGCCCAACACAGUCAUGCCCUACCCUGUUACCGUGCUAGCCCAAUAAUAAACGUGUCGCUAACCUGCUGGGCUCACAGUAGAUUCCAAAUUGGAUCAAUUAUUGUGGGUUUUUUUUUUCAUUAUAAGCUUAUGCUUAAAAAUCCUUAAGCUGUUAUGUUGAAAAAAACUAAGCACUAAACUGUUCUAGUUUAAAGGUAACAAUCCUGUUUCUAGAAGGAGAAAACUGAUAGCGAAGACAUAGUUUCAGUGACCUGAAUCCUGGUGCCCCCAUUCCAGUAGAUUCUCCUUAACGGGGAAUUAUUUGUGAUUUUCAAGUAUCUGUUGGGCAGUUUCCUUGAAACUUUUGCUUUAUUAUCAGAAAUCUUUAGAGUCAGACUAAAGACCAUCCUGGGGUCUGUGCAAGGAAGAAGAGAAUCCAUGAGGCAGAAGAUGUGUGUAUGUGUCCUUUUUUCAAUGGAUAGUUAGUGAAGUCCGGCUGCAUUUCAGACAUUGAAAAAUACAGAAUCCCUGUUUCCACAGAAGCUCACAGUCUCCUGAGGGAGACAAACAAGUAAAGAUGCAACUACGAUCCAAGAUGGGACAGGCAACAGUAGAGGUGCAGGGAUGUGCUGUGGGAACUCUGAGAAAGUCCUACUCCCUGCCAAACACAGGCAAGCACAAGGCCCAGGCAGUUACACCUCUGGGUGUUCUAACUUCCCCAUCCCAACAGAGAGCCAAGAACCUUGAGUCCAGUAGGGGUUUUGUGUUUGUUUGUUUGUUUGUUUUGUUUUUUGUAUUGAGAGAGACCUCAAAAUCAUCCCUUUUCCAUUUCACUUAGUUUACAUAAACAUUUAUAAUUUACUAAUGCUUUGGGAAAUGAAUAGAAAACUAAGCUAUUUGAUUAUAUUUUUGCUUUUUAAAGCAUAAAUAUAAAAUUUUAAUUUCCUUGUGCAUCUGGGACUCUUUAAUGCUUUCUAUUCAAAGU